CGGAACCUUCCGGACACCUCGCAGGGAAAGAGGGGGAAGAGAAAAAACCGGACGCGACGUCUCCCCGCCGAGGCGCCUGCUGGGGGACGCCGUUGCGCAGGUUUUAUUCCUCUCCGCCAUCGCCUCGCCGGCCCGGCCAUGUACCGGCAGAGCUUCCGCCCCCCGACGCCGCCGUACGCGGGCGGCGGGUUCCGGAGCCCUCCCUCCGGUGGGGGCCCCGUGCCGCCCUCCCCGCGGGGCUACGGGAGCCCUCAUCACACGCCGCCCUACGGCUACCGGCCCGGGCCUUACGGCAGCGGCCACUCGCCGCGAGGCCACGGCUUCCACGGCGGCGGCGGGCGGUUCGAGAGCCCCUCGCCGGGGGGGCAGACCCCGCGCAGGCCGCAGAGCAUCAGCCCCCGGUACCCGGCUCCCUACAGCGGCAAAUCCCCGGCUGGAGCUGUCCUGCACCCGCAGCAGCACAAGCGCUCUCCCGGGGGCUUCCAGAGGCACUACCAGGGAUCACCCAGGACAUCUACUCCAUUUGGUACAGCGCAUGGCAGAGAGAAAAGAGUGUCUAAUGAUGUGGAAAACUAUUACAGACCUUCAAUGCUUGAGGACCCAUGGGCUGGCCUAGAGCCAGUUUCUGUUACAGACAUAAACCAGCAAUACAGCAGUGAGCAAACAACAUAUACUGGUAAAAAAGGGAGGUAUUUCAGCUAAACACCUUUUUAAAGCCAAAUAACUCCAUCUUGUCAGGAAAACUUUGGGACAAAAUCUUGACACUUACACAAGAUGAACAAUAAUCAAGACCUUAGAUAACGCUUUUAUUUGAUCAUGUCCACCCUUUUAUCCUACUUUUUUUUAUUAUUAUUGCAUUGGAUAUUUUUAUGUAUGUGAGGGAAAAGGAGUGGUAGGAAAACUUACGUUUCUGGCUAUGUGGAAGUGCCUACCAGCUUUGAAGAACAAAGUGUUCUUUAAUCACCAGCGACUGAUUUGUGACUGUUAAAACAGGUUUCCAUAUAUUUACCUCUUCCAUGCCAGAUUGUUAGCCUUUUAUUGUAAACUCCUUUAGGAAAUGGUAUUUUUUUAUGUUUCAACAUUUUUAGAAUGAAGUAACUUGGAAAUAAAGUUUUGUAAAGCCUUGUUUUGUAAUGUAUAAAGAUUAUUUUAGGACUUUGUUAAGGUGUACAUAUGAACACAAAUAGUACUAGUGAAAUUAGGUGACUUCUGUAACUGUGCUUGUAUGCUGUAGUUAACCUGAUUUUGUGCAUAGUAUUUUUUGUUAAUUGUAGUGUAACAUGAAGUUGAAACAUGACUUUUAGCCAUCUCAGGAAGCAAAUGUAUUGUCUUUGGAAAGUUUAAUUUGUUAAACCAGCUCUUGAGUCAUAAACAGAAUUAUGUAAUCAUUUGCUUUUGUACUUUCAAAAAAUCUUAUUUGGAAUCUUACCAAGUCUGAGGAGCACAUAAAACAUCAAGAUUAAAUAAAUGACAAUUACUUUCUGGAUCCACCUGUUAGAACAGCAUAGAAUGGAUGACAGUUUGUUAUACGGUUGACAUUAGUACAUGCAUAGCAUCUUUUUUUAUCUCUACAAGAUUUAUUAUUUUUUAAAAUUAUUUUUUAUUUUUAACUAUGGCAGACAUGUUUGCCUAGAGAAGUCUUGAGUGCAUGCAUGUUCUAUUUUUAUACUGAAGAGGAAAACAAAUGAGGUUUUUUUAUAGAGCUUGUCUAUACAUGGAAGAUCCAUUCUUAAACCCAGUAGUGAAUAUUGUAAUCUAGAACAAAUAAGAAGUAGUUCCAACUGCAGGCAUGCUCUUAACGUGCGAUGUUAAGCUUGCAAUACAUAUCUUAAAUUUUUGUUGAAUGUACCAUUACUUGUUAGUUGGUCUUGAGUUUGAAGCAGUAGGUAGAGGGCGAAGACUUGGUUAAAAAUUAAUAAAAGCGUUAGUUCAGUUUUCAAAACAUAUGUCCUAUUUUAAACUUCUUGCAUACUCCACAGAAAACAUAUCUUUGUGGUCCUGAAGCAUGGUUAGGUAGAAAAGCACAGGAAAUCACAUUAGACUAUUCUUAGUAACUUGUCUUGCUGAAGUAGAAUAGUCCUAUAUACCUUAUCUGUUUCAGUGUAAAAUGUCUUGGGUUAGUACUGCCUUCAGGAGCUACUUCAGACUGGAAGGGGGGUUAACAUGGUGAAAUGUGCUAGCCGAGUCUUCCGCUUUUAUGACCAUAAUCUAAAGUUUGUCACUGUGUCUUUCCCGAAUUGACCUUAUUGCUUUAGUAUUAUAUCCAAAAAGCCUGCUCAGAGAACUGAGAACACAAUGCCUGCUUGAUAUCAGGAAUGGCUAAAUCUUCAUCCCUGGAUCAAAACCGUGCAGCUAUCAGUAUUGUUAAAUACUGAUAUUAAAUGUUAAGUAUUAAAUGGCAGCUAUCAGUAUUAUCUGUAACACAUACCAGCAAAACUGAGAGGACUUGACAAGCUGUAGAUAGUCUUUAGAAUUUAUAAAUUGAUUGUCAUUGUGAAAAUUGAAGUAUAAAGUUUUCUGUCUUUUUGUCUCUUUUUUUUUUUUUUUUUUAACCCUGUCAGGUGUUGGAAAGCUCACAGAAAAAAGUUACAGGGUGCUUAACUGAGUCAUCUUUUUUGUUACUAUUUCCUUUGUAAUUCAGUGUAGUUUACUUUUUGCAACAUUUGGUGAUCUUGGGGAAACAGCUGCAAUUAUAUUUAACAGACUAAAGCUAUGUGUUCUCAGUUAGACAUGAGAAGAAAUGGAGUUUGGAAAGGAGGAAGGAAAAGGAUUCAUGACAAGAGAGACUGUUAGAGGUGGGACUGAUGGUACAGUAGCUAGUAUCAGCUGUCCUUGCACAUUGAUGCGGUUUUUUUCCACUUUGGCUUUGUAAUUGAGCCAGGGAUCAAAACCAGCCUUCUCUGGUAAUAACUGUUAACUCCUGGAACCAGGUGUCAGACAUCAACGAAGGUAAAUGUUCCAGAAAGAGAACUGAGGACAUAAUCUUGAAGCAUUGUUUAAUCAAUAUAGGCCUUCCACAAUGCUAUCUGUUAAGCUGGUGCUCCAGUGCACUUCAAGAUGUGACCCAACAAUUCUAAGUACAUCAUACUGCUAAAGGCUUCAAUAAUUUGGUCAAGAAUCAGCAAGGAAUUAAAAUGUAGAUGUAAAAUAAACCUUACUAACCUUAUCACACUGCACCAAAAACUUAAAAAUUAUUCAUCUUUUUGGCUUCUAGGAGGAAUUCUGCCAUUAGACUAACAUUUCAAAAUGUCAUUGUUAAAUAGCUGUAAAGUUCAGAACUAUAUAUAUAGUGUUCAGAACUAUAAAUAUAAUGUACUUAAAGCCAAUUUAAGCUUUGCCUUUUUUGCUGUGAUACCCAGGAAGCUUAAGCACUUACCUCCUCACUGAUUUGUUUCCCAUAUGGCAAACGUUCUGGAGAUAGGAUAUAUCACUUCCUCAUUUGUUAAUGAAGCCACUUCAUAGUAACAGUAUAGCUCUGGAAAUAGCAUUUGAUGAUAAAAAGUACAGCACAAACAUAUCCUUUCUUCGUGAGCCCAUGAAUCAAAAUAGUGCCUGUGUCUUGCUAAUGAAGGGAUUCUUCUGUAAUGAACACAGUAAGAAUAUGGGCGUUGUUCUUCCUUCAGCAGACUUCUCUAGAUGUUAAGGUAAGUAAUUUUGCUCCUUUUUCAGAAGUUUGGAUUUAUGUACUACUUUUACAUUGUUUUGUUUGCAUUGUGUUUGUCAAGGCCAUCUGACUUUCCAUUCAGUUGUUGUAAAGGAAUUGUAUAACUCAUGACUAACGCUCUUCUAGCAAAAAAAAUUGUUUUCAUUUGUUGAUGUUUGCUACAGCGUUUAACAGUGGACUGCACUGCUACUACAUUGUGCUAAUAUGACAGUAAGAUAACUUAAAUCAGCCAAGCACAAUCCUGUGUAACAUGGCAGCACACCAAGCGGGCAGUUACCCCAAGUUGUGUGCUCUAAUACUUCAAAGAUAGUUCAGGUUUGGGUUUUUGCUGUGACUUUAUAAUGUGGAAUAUUCAUUCUUCUCUGGCAUUUUGUACCCGCUAUUUUCAUUGAAAUUGUAAAACAAUUUGGAAUGUUAAAGUUUCAAUUAAAACAGGAUUUUAAAAAUACAUAUCAAGCUACUUCUUUUUAGAGUUAGCAAUAAGGCAUGGACAUGUGGCAGCAUUUUUGUAACGUCAGAAGUGGGAGCACUUUGCAGAGGAAAUGCUUCUGGUCAACAGAAUGGGUAACUUCUGCAGUCAGGUUGUUUUCCUGUUAAGGGUAUCUUUAAGUGCUCUUCACUUCAUAUAAAUGUGUUAAUUAGACAUCUGAGGGAGGAAGCAUUUGAAACAUGCAUUGUGUGGAAAGCCUACAAGUAGCUAUUCAGCUCCCUUCUAAAGAAAAGGUUUUAUAGUCUGGAUUUCAAGUUGUUCUUCUGAGUAAUCUUGCUGAUGUCAGAGGAUUUACUCAUGCAAUGUACGUAAGUAUCUAAUACCACAGUUUGAAAAUCAUAUCGUCCAUGCGUUUGUCAGUGAUUUUUACCAACUCUGCAAUAAACUGCUCUGUUUAGCAAUUGCUCUGAAUUCAGAUUCAUACAUGUGCUUUUAUACAUGAGCCAAGACUGUCUUGCAAGUAAUUAAACUUGGUUUUACAAUUUUUUUCUAAAUUCACAAGACUAAAGACUUUGUUUUCGUUUCCCCAAAUCUUGGCCCUUACCUCCCUCCCAUCUUCCUUGAACUAGGGUAGAAAAGGGAGGAUUGCCUGCACUAACUGAUGAAGAAUCAUGUCAUGAUUUUCAUGUCUCAGGUUUUCAGAAGCUUGUGUACCAAUUGUCAUAGGUAACUAGAUAAACUUUUUUUUAUAUAUAUCAUUUGAGAUGGCUGAAACAACUUCUUACACCAGGAGAAAGGGAAGAAAUUGCCAAGUUGUGUUAACAGUAGUGUAGUUCCAGCAUUCAGUCAUUAGUUCACGAACGAAUUUUUUGCCUACAGUGACUUUUCAUCUGCAUGUCUCACUAGGCGCAAAUUGAAUCAGUUACAUUUUCUGCUGUUUUCACCAAAAUAUGUGCCUUACUGACUUAGAGUUUAAGAAUGCUUUCUCAACCUAGGCUUCUGAAUUUACCUGUACAAAAUUACUGGCUCUUCAGUGUUAGACCUCAUAUCUAGGUCUUCCCUUUUAACAUCUAAAAUGUGUUAAAGAGCUUUAUCUCAUCUGCAUUACUUCCUUGAUGACGCUAGGAAACCUUUCAACUACUGGCCUAGAAACAACUGGGCAAAGGCCUGGUGCCAAAGCAGGGUUGUCAAACUAGCCUUCCUCUCCUAGAAGUUGCCCUAUAGUGGGGCCCAGGAGAUGUUCUGGGCCAAAUAGUCAUGCAUUUUAUUUCACCACCUCUGUGUGGGUUGCAGCAUUUUAAGCCAUAUCAAUGGUUUGCUUAGUGCGCAUCCUGGAUUUUAAAUUUUACCAGCGUUAUAAAUUCUAAUUUGUGGUUUUAACUCCAAAAACUGUUGCACAAUCUCUUCUUCUGCAGUAAAGUCACAAGUGAAUUCCACUGCCCUCCGUGCACUGAUCUGUCGCUGUCGCACGUUCCUUUUCUGAACUAUAAAUGUAAACAUUUGUGUACGAGAAAAUCACUUCUGUGACUGAAAGGGGUCAUACCAGUACAGUUUAAGCAUGAAAUUUUUAAUACUGCUGACACUACCACUAUUAAAAUGAGAACUUCUCUGUCCCCGUUUAAUAGGGCAAAAAUGAAGCAAAAAAAAAAUUAAGCAGGCAAGAUGCUGAGCUGGCAGCUGUGGUCUGCACAGUGCAAGGUGACCUACGAGACUAGGGCCAACGUUGCAAAUCAGCAUAAUCUGUAUUAGCCUGUUUCCAGAUGGCAGGUAGAAUGGGCUUUUACCAAAGAGCUGAAAACAUGCCAUCCCACUCCCUAAUAAGGCAGAAAAGGUACUUCUGAAAAAUUACCUUAAACAUAGAAGAAUUCUUACGCAGCCUCACAAAUGAUGAGAUCUGUCUUGUUCUUAUUUUUCUUCUGGAGAAGCACUGACUUGUUUAGCGAUAACUUCAAGGCUUCCUGCAAUGUGAGCUUCAGCCAAAACCACCAGAUCGCCAUUUGACCUGUUCUGUGACAAAAGGGAAGUCCAUCUUAUGUAGAAUAUUGGACAUACUCCAUUUCACAAAAGCUUAGGCUGUACUAUUCACUGGAUAUGCAAAGCUUUUGGUGCUAGAGUAGCAUGUAAUUCUUAAAAUAUUCCUGCAUUUUGAUUUCAAAUGUCAGUAUUUGGGGGCAGUAAAAGCUAUACCUUCAUAUCCUACCAGUGAAGUAAUUUUCAACUAUCGAAAUUAACUGCCAAAAUUGCUUAAUUCUGAGUAUUCAUUUUUGCCAGGCAACUGCAACAGGAUUGUGGAGGAUGUAUUAAAUGGGGGUGGGGGGGUGGGGGGGGGUGGGUGUUGUCCCUGCAAAAGAAAGAAAAUAAGUUUAACUCGUUCCAUUCAAAUGUUAAUUCAAGUAGUGGUUGUGGUUGCAUAGUAGAGUUCAAAAGAAUCUCAGGCUCCUUCCUUUCUUACUUGAAAGAGCUUAACAUCUUCCAGAUCUGGCCAACGCAUUUCACCCAGCAGGCGUGCUGGGACAGAGCUGUUGCAGUUGAGAUGCUGGGAUAGAAAUAAUGGUCUGCACAGUGCCAUACGGACUGCGUGAGUAGGGAUGUGAUUACAGUUCAGUGUAACCUGUAUUAGCCUAUUUCCAGAUUGCAGCUAGAAUGGGAUUUUAAGAAGGAAAAAAAAAAAAGACCCCUUCCUUCCCACCCAUACAUAAACACACCUCAGGGGAUUUUUCAUUUUCUAAGCCUACAGUGAGCUGCUGUGUUACUGGGGUCAAGAAUAAGAGAAUUUAAAUGUUCUUUCAUUUACUCGUUAGUGACAGCAUCUUAGGAGGCAAAAACUUCGAUGUCACCUCAAACUAAAAUUUUUAACACAAUUCUUUUAAAAUGGGCUGCACCAAAAAUCUGUAUGUGCUACCCUGCUUUUAUGGGCAACAGUAAUGACACUGCUUGCUGCUGCAUUACAAUACACUUAAACCUUCUGGUAUCCAUAUGUUUUUUGCCACAGUCUAAUUGGGGUGUAGUCAAGAUAGUUAAAAGCUGUUAGUGAGAGUCAACAAGUGUUUGCCUUGGGUUUAAAUCUUUGUAAUUUGCAUUAGGAAAUUCCUAAGAGUUCAAACUGCUGAACAUGCUGUUGAUGCAACUGUUAGUGUAACUACUAAUGAAUGGAAUAACAAAACCCUUUCACUCUGAUGCAAAUCAUUCCCUUUUCAAGCAUCACACAAGUUAAUACUGGAACAAGGGAAGAGGAAUCAAGCUAAUCGACAACUUCUGUGGAUGACUACACAGCAUAAACCACAAAUAACAGCAAAAAUAAGCUUUAAAAGGCACUGGCUGCCAACAGGGGAGCAGUAGCAAGAGUAAUUGGAUUGUAAGUAGUAGUUGCACAGCACUUUUAAAAUCAAACCACUACCUCCUGUGGCUUAAGGAAGAUCUUUAGGUUAAUGUAAAAUAAGGCUUUGAGCUGUAUUCCCUUAACAGAUGUUGGGACUUGCCAUGUUACUGUUCCUACCAUUGAGUUGCAGAAGAGAGUAAGUAUCUUCACCACUUUUCUGUGAUGUCUAGCAUCUUUGCAUAAGUCUCAUUUCAUAAUAUUUUUGUUUAAGCUAAGAUAAAACUGUGUUUGGAAAUCUCAGGGAUUGUCAAAAAGGUGAAAGGGAGAAUUAACAUCUGCAAAUGAUCCAAGCGUACAACUUGAGUUGGCGACUGUAAGAAGGUACCAAGGGUCCAUCUAUUGAUAACUUGCUGUUCCACUUCCCUAAAGCGAUUUCCCUUGUCCGUAAGUUUUUAAUAGCAACCAGGAGGCUAUGGCAACUAAAUUACACCAAGGAAAAUUAUUUGGUGGGUCAUUUCCAGUUGUUAAGAAAACAGUAUGUAUGUGCACUGUGGACAACAGGUUGAGAAACUGCGAUAAACAUUUUCCAGUGGAAAAUAACAAUUUUCCAGACUGCAUCCCUGUUGCAACUGAAGACAGCUUCCUCUACCAGCAGUGUCCCUGGGCUUAGAAUGGCUUUGGAAAUAAAAGUUCGAAGUAUGUAAAAAGCUUUCACAAAGAACCUUUAAGUCCCUGUGUUCAGGGUAAUUAUUGCAUCUAGUUGCGUAUUUUUUUUAUGCUAUUCUAAUUUCCUCCCAGAAAAAAAUUCUGGAUGUUUUAUACAUUGACUCUCCUGUAGCCUGUCAUCCUCACUGCUGCGAGCUGAGGAAAAAGAGUUACUGUCUGUACUUUGUGGACAUAACUGGUAAUAGCCCAGUUUAAUUUCUCUCUGGUAUUAAUCACCCCAGUAAGCAGGUGACAGAACUCUCUUUUCAUUAACCAAAUCUCUAUAAUUUAUCUUACAGCUUGAAACUAGUAGAUUCUAAUACAUUAAUAAACACAUCCACAGGGCUUUGUAUACUUCAUGCUUCAGGCAUGCAAUUUAAAGGCACCUAUCAAAAGCAGGUGGUUAUACUUUGCCCCACCCUUAACUCCACAGAGAGAAGAUAACUUUAGUAGUCUUACUGUAAUUUUUUCUCUCUGCUGAGCUUCUGUUGCACAAGGCAGACAUGCCCCUGCUGUAGUGGCCACCCUUUUUUCUCUAGGUUAGGAAAAAGUUCUCUUAGGAACAUGCAGACAGGUGGAUGCUCAAAUCUCUGUAACCAGUGCAAAGGUGGAGACACAGUCACUCUAAGAAGACAACAGAAAAACUAGGGAAACAGUGUUGAUCCCAGUUCUUGCUCAUAGCGUCCCAACACAAUCAUCUCUUAAAUACCCCGUAUUUCCACUCAGUGUAUUGUUCUUGAUCAUACACCAAGUUGGAGGGAGGAAAUCGCCCCAUGAAAGCCUGAAGUCAGGUAUGCUGACGUGUGACUGUCAGUCCAUGAAUGACAAAAAAAGCAGAUGUGCGUUUCCAAGAGAAGUGAGUUUUAUGAGCAGUGAAAAUAAAAAGUCUGUGAAUAGGGACCUUUGCUCUUCAUUAUGUUUAAUCAUUUACUGUCAAUUAAAAAAGAUCGUGUGGCUUCAGGCCAGCUCUAGUUACUUCAGUGCUAAAUUCUACUUCAGAAAUAUUUAAGCAGCCAGAAGAUUUCCUACAGAGCAACUGUUCUCAGUCUUGUAACCUUUCCAGUGAGCAGAAGGAAAAAGCAAGGGUUUGGUGUCAUUCUAACUGUAUUGAUGUAGCGGAGAAAAACAGCAGAAACACAUUUAAUGUAAGUGUAUGCCUUUACCGGCAAGUGGUCUGCUGCUAUGUAAGCAUCCCAAAACAGAUCAUCAAUUCCUGGUGUUACUUACGGGCUGGGGGAGGCUCAUCAGUAGAGCAGACUUCCCGUGCCGGCACCUCCCGGCAAGGAGACUAGUGGAAGGGUCUGCACCUCCCAGAGCCCACCGUUCCCCUGGAAGUCAAGCAUGAGCCACCUUCAGUUGCUCACAGUGUCCCAAAGCAUGAGCACAGAAUUUGGGCAGGAGUCCAGAACACGUUACAAGUCUUCCAUAAGCAAUGAGAAAGAGUAGAAAGCUCAAGACAGAUAUUAAGACCUGCAUUCCUUGAUUUUGUCUCUCACAGGCUCCACGACAUUCUUUGCGGUCAAGCCGUGCCCCUGCUCUGGACUCCCUUUUGACCAGCUAUUCCCAUAGUUUUUCUUUGGCUGACCCUCCAUUUGAACCAAAAUUUCUCUCUUAAAACAUUUCCACUCUGUUGUGAUUUAAGCUGUCCAUAAAUUCUGUUCUUCAGAGCUGUCUGCAUCACAGGAACGUUUUUUCCAUCCUGACCUGACUACCACUGUUCCCUUCUGACAAAGCAGAUACUGCCAGUGCUUUCAAACCAAACAACUUAGAGCUUGGAUAGUUUCAAAUGUGUUUCAAACUAAACUUGCUGAUGUCUGAAACAGGAAAGCUAACUCGGCUGAGCUUUUCCAACAGUGACUCUCGGGACAGAAGCUGUCAGUAACGUCCCCAGUAGUAACACUGCUGUUGCAGACUCGACUGCAAAGGGAUCGCAGAGGUACCUCCACCUGUGACCUCUCUGCAUCUUCCUCCUUUUUCCUACCACAGAUUCUUUUCAGACUUCUGGUUCAUCAUCUUUGUCCUGAGGUCCUGUUGGAUUUGUUGUUGUUGUUGGUUUUUUUAUUAUUUUCUGCUACUAAUUCCAAAUUUUAAGCAUUUUUUCAGAAAGGUAAAGAAACAUCGUUUUUAAAGUUCCAAGCAAAUCUGUACAUGUUGAGUCCCAAAGAAUGGGUGAAAUUAGUAGUGUCAAUGAUUGCUAGUUUGUUAAGAGGUGUGGGAUACAGACCUCUUCAGUAAAAUAUGCAUUCCAUAAACUCAAGCACUACGUGAAAAAUGUUUUUCCUAACACACUGUACAUAGAUCUCGUCAAAUCCCAAAUCUCACCAUCCGUCAGUUGGUGCUAGAAGGAGGUGUUUAUCCUGAUACCCUGCACAGUGUUAGGUCUAAACCUCAUCUGGCAAUUCCCACACCAAACCUACAACUUCAUUUAAACCACAACAUAGAUAUCAAAAAGAUUUCAGAUGCCCAGCAUGUCAGCAUCUAUCAAUCAAAGCUGAGCCCAAGCCCAACCAGUAUCAUGGAAAAACCUGCUUUCUGUCUAGGCUGGCUUUCUCCAACAUCAGCUUCCCUCAGUGGAUUAGAUUUUACAUUUUUAUAUUGUAUUAAAGAGACAUGUAUCAAAUUUCUAUUCAAGGUAGGUAAUCAAAUAGCAUUUGAACAUUCUCUGCAAAAAUUAAAUACAGCCAUUAAAAUCACUUUAGGACAUUUUUUCUAGGACCGGAUUGUUUCUCUGUUUUCUGAAGCUUUUGUAAUAAGUUUUAAAGUAAUGGUUUACUUUAAAGUCAUUUCAAUUAUCUGCUGAAGUCCUACUGAUUAAUAUUCCUCUGCUCAUGUUUUGUAUUAACCCUUAUGCUCAGCAUCACGCUGGAAGGUAGCAGUCACUUUCACUGUUAUCUCAUUCCAGCUUCUUGUGUCUUAUAAAUGUGACCAACUUCACUGAUUUUUUUUUAAUCUGUGAUCUUGCAU